CAAUCAUCUGUUUAGUCUAUGGUUUUUCACAAGUGUCGCGCUGUGUAGAAAGUGGACUAUUUGUAAAUAUUGUAUAAUUGUAAAUAAUCCGUGUUUCAUGUUUUCAAAUUAUUAAUUUACAUAUUUUAUUGUUCGUGUAAGUGCUUAAUGGAUGUGAAGGUGAUAUAAAGCUGAUAAACAACGGUGAAAUCGCAAUGGUGAUGGAAGCCGAUCCAAUUCCUGAGAAACACACGGACGAACGCGUCCUACCGCCGAUGAAACCACGUGCGGGCGGUGACGUCAACGUGAUCCCGGAGCGUUCAGUCAGCUCUCUGGACCUCAUGUCAUACUCCACGCCUUCCAACCUAGUCCUCACACCUGCUCCGGAAUGCCGAAAGCUGUCCCGCGGCAUAUCCCGUGCGACGGACAAUGAGGGUCUGGUGUGGGCGCUCCGCAGCAACACAGAGCCUGACCUGCAGACCCUGAGCUCCGAACACAUAUUGCUGCUGCCAGAUAUAUCCAUAUAUCCACCGGAGUUCAGAACAUUCAUCGAAAAGGACCUCCUUGAGACAGCCACACUACACACAUUAGAGUCUUCCGGUAUCCUCAACUGGUGGCGGCAAGGGCGCGUACCCGGCGCCCCUAGACUUCUACCAUUAGCCACGUCAGGAGACGGGAACUGUUUGCCUCAUGCGGCCUCAUUGGCUGCUUAUGGAUUCCAUGACAGACUGCUUGCGUUAAGGACGAAGGUCCAAGCGUUGCUUUGCGGGGAAGGCGGGGAUGCUCUCACAAAUGCCAUAAAACGGCGCUGGCGCUGGUCGGAAAGCCUCUCCCUCCGCAGCGCGGGCCUCACCCCCUCCGAGGCGGAGUGGGAGCGCGAGUGGCAGGACGCCGUGCGCGCCGCCUCCGCGCAGCCGCGCCCCAAGCCCGCUCCCAGCGCGGCCCCGCAUUAUGACGGCUUGGAGCAGUUACAUGUGUUUGCUUUGGCACAUGUUAUGAGAAGACCUGUCAUUGUCUUUGCUGACGUCGCUUUAAGGGAUUUCCGUGGGGACCCAGUAGCCCCCAUCCCAUUCGGUGGCAUCUACCUCCCGCUCGAGCUAGAGCCGGCCGCCUGCAGCAAAGCACCCAUAUUGCUGGCUUACGACGCCGGCCAUUUUUCGGCGUUAGUUCCCUGCGAGCCGUUACCCACUGACGGGGCCAGAGUGCCACUUGAAGACAGCACUGGGACCGCGAUGCCUAUCAGAUUCAACGUGGACCCCGGCGAAGAUUUCCGCUGGGACACCGAACCGGACCAGAAAACCAUAAACAACCUCCUUCCCGACGAAUACCAGCGUUCAGCCAUGAUGGCGGCAUACCUCGACCUAGAACGAGUCGAAUGCCUCUCCCAAAACCCUCCGCCAGAAGAACUUAGAAGAUCUUUAGACGCUUUAUCGACGAAAAGCUCAAAACAGUUGAAUUCCGUGGCUAAACAAUUUGGAAGUAUAGGACGGUCUAUGAGCAGUAAAUUGAAGAAGAAUUUCGGUUCGAUGGCGAAAUUAACGGGGAAGAGUCAGAGUAAUCCAGAGGAGGGGUUGAUGAGGAGGCAGAGUACGUGUGAGGUGUUGUGCUGUAGGGUGCUGGCGGCUAGAGCACCAGUUCAGGAGGAAAUGGUGAAGAAUUACCUUAAUGAGACGUGGAUUAGCUUCACGUCGGAGAAGAGCCGUCGCUCGCAGCCCUCCCCCCCGCCCCCCUCGGUCCCCCGCUACGGCACGGGGCGCUCGCAGUUCUACGCCGACGCCGGCGCCGUCUCCCACGAGCGCGUCGGCACGCUCUCCCACAGGUCCGCCAAGCCCGCCCCCGAUCGGACGCUCUACCUCUCCAAGUCCACGUUCUAUGAUGACCGCCCGCCGUCACCGAAGCCCUGUAAGGCCCAGCUGUGUAUGUACUACGGGAGUCCCGAGAAUAAUGAUUACUGCUCGAGGUGCUCGAGACUUCAGUAUGAUUGAGCGCUUCCUAGUGGUGUUGCGGAUUUUUGUAGUCUCGACUCGAGUCAUGUUUGAUAAUUUAAAAAAUAUCUAAAGUGUUCAAAUUCUUUUUUGUGUUGUAGUAGAGCAAAAGAAAUCGUUCGUACGUGCAAAAAAAAUUACAACGAUUUCGACCAAAAUUCCUAUAACGAACAAAAAAAUAAAGUCAUUCUCCCGACUAUUUUGGAAUUCUCACAAAAGAUAGAAAAUGUAAGUACUUUUUAAAUUUCGGGAAAAAGUUUGUAAUUCAGAUAACCCUGUUACCUGAGCUACAAACUUUUUCUUUAUUAGAUACUUACCUAAAAAUUGCAUAAUCGAUUUUAACACUAUAAAAUAAUUAAAAAAAAAACCAAACCCUUCCCAUAAUUCAAUAUAAAACGUAUGAAAAAAACAUACCCCCACUCAUACAAAAAUUAUUUCAAGAACACCAAGAAUUCUAAGAAUAAAAAUUUAAAUCCGCAACAUUGCUUUCAAAUAUCAGAGUUUUCUAGUUCCGUUAGAUUAUAAUAAUUUAAGAUAAGAGAGAAUAGUAAAGUCAUAUUGGGAAUUCUUAAAAUAUGUUCUCUUUCUAAUAAACAAUAUCAAAGUAACAUAUAAGAGCAAACAUUUUUAUCCUUAACGUUUAUAAAACAUUUGGGAUUUCCGCUAGAACUUCAAAAUGGCGAAGUCUUGAGAAUAUUUUUUGUUUUUUGCUUAUGAAUGUUGUUUAAAGUGUUAAAUUGACAGCUUAUUAUGCAAUUAACUAACUUAUAGUCAAUUUGUAAAAUCUAUAUAAGCUAUCACUUUACUAAAAAAACUACCAAAUAACGUCAUGCUUACGAGCACACUUUUGACAUCAAAACAAUCAUAAAUAAGCGAUGAUGGCAGCCAUUUUAUUAAAAAAAAAAAAGAACUAUCAUUGCUCCCAUUUUUGUUAGAGAUAAUAUGUUAUAUCAUUCCACGGGCUUUCCCGUACAAUCGCUUUUUAUUUCCUGUUUUGCGACUUUUUUUUCGGCAUUUAAACCAGGCGAUUAUUUUCCUGUGCAUAUUUUUUACCAUUUGUGAUAGAAAAGGAAAGUCUUAUACAUACCUGCAAAUCUUCAAAAAAUUCGCGUUUGUACGGGACGAACGGUAGACAAUGUCAUGGAAUGCUCCUAUUGUUUAUUUAAAAAUAGGAAUAUAAAAUAUCUAAUAGAAAAAGGAUUCAAUCUUGUUUUGAAAAUACAUGUAGGACUAAAGGUUGCGUUCAGUAUUAUGAAAUGUUACAAUUAAAAUAAGCAAAAUACAAAUUAGACUCCUACAUACAUGUACAAUUUAAUAUGUUUGUUUAGAGACAAUGUAAUUUAAGAAUUCCCAAUAUAUGGAUAAAGCAGUUAUAUUUUUAUGAGGCAAACUAUUUUCGUACAUUCAUGAAAAUGUAGUUAUAAGCUCGUUAUAAGAUUCUAAUAGGAUAAGUCUUCAAAAUUUCAAAUUACCGUGAUAAGAUUAACUCAUUUCUUUAUACUUUUUUAAUUAAAUCACGUGUUUUCCCAUCCACAUUAACCCUUUAACCGUUAUAUAGAGAGAGAAGUGGUUUUUCUAUUUUUAUUCAAUUGUAAAAAAAACAACAAAAUAUGUCGGUUACAAAGUUAGCGUAGUAACAGAAGCCGUCAUGUGAUUAUAAUUCCUUAUGUCCUUAUGUUAUAUAAAAAAAUAAAAAGUUAUUGAUUGUAUAGGAGGUGUUCAUCAGAUCAGGGUCAUUGUUUUGAAAUUUGUACUUCUUCCAAUUUAAGAAUUUUUAUGUAUUUUAUACUCAGAAUUAUUACAAGCUGUUUCGGUCCUAAUAGGAGAAAAAAAACACAUUUUUUUUUCCUAUUAGAUCUUGAGAAAGAUCUUGUGAUUCUGAAUAUAAUGAACAUAAAAAUUUCCAAAUAUAAAAAAAGUGUAGUGUACACUCAUCGUCGUAUAGUAAAUACCAUCCAAAGUAUUUGUGGUGUAUGUGUACUUAUCCUGGCAGGUUAUCCUGGUAUCCUGGUUAUAUCCUGACAGGGUCGCCAUGUACGGAUGGAUGUUUUAAUAAAUAAAAUAGAAUAUUGAUUACAUGUGUUUAUUGGUCAAACACAACUUACAGACUAACUCGAUACAUGAUUGAUACAUAGCUUAUAUAAUAAGUACAUAAGUACACAUACACCACAUAUUCAAAUAGUUCGGCGCACAGUACACAAAUACUAUGGUGUACCGAACUAUUUGAAUACUUUGUAUGCUACCUACUAUAUUACGCUGAAUGUACAACUUUAAUUAAAAUGGCUCAUUAAAUUUAAAAAACUUUUUUUCUUAGAUAUCUUCCACUAUAUUUGAUAAAAUGCAAUGUUUAAGCGACUGGAUAUGGAACAAGUGCCAAAAGUGGCUUACAAUAUUUAACUGGCAAUUUCAGUUUUUAGAGAACAGAGUCGGCUUUUACCGGUUCAACGCCGACAAGGGGAGACCCUUACCCGCCAUUAAAUUUGCCAAAAAAUUGGGUUAUGUAUGAUGAUUUAAAAAAAAUCUGCAAAUCACAAUGGACGCAAUUAGCGAGAAAAAAUGUUAACAUUUCACAUGUUAUUUUUGAAAAACGUAAUGUUUCAAAAAAAAGCAGGCAAAAAAUAUACUGAGAUGAGAAGUCAUUAAAUAUGAACCAUGGAACCUUAUCAAUAUCAUUAUCACAGCAAAUUAAUUAUGUCUAUUGAUAUUAAAGUCUUGUAGUUUUAUAGUUAUAUUAUAGUGAAAGAGUUAAUAUAAUUAUCAUGUUGAGGUGUUUUGUUCACCAUUCUACCUCAAGCGCAGCAAAUAAUAUUAUAAACAUAACGGUUAUUGUUAUUCCGAAUAUAUUUUAUCGAGUUUUGUUAUUGAAUAACCACAGAAGAAAUAUCUAUCAAUUUUAAACCUUUUUGCCUAGAAAUAAAGUACCAAAUUGUGUACAUAUUUAUGUGGGUCAUUAAUGUCAAUAUACUCAUUAUAUUGUGAUUAGGGUUGCCGUAUGGAAAAAAAUAAUCGUCAUCCUAAAAAUCCUGACAUUUUCUGCUCGGUCAAUUCCCUAAUAAAUCCUGAGAUAUCAGGGAAAAUCCUGACGUAUGGCAACCCUAAUUGUGAUGCCCGCUACACACUAUGCACACACGCUAUGGUAUUUGUACAAAUAUGGCUGCGUUAUUUAUCUCAACGAUAUUAAGGGAAGAGAUAUUAUUUAGUUCUUAGACAACUUACCAAUAUUGUACGCCUUUGUAAGGCAGGAUACGGAAAACAUCAAUAUACCCACCCAUAACCAUACAAUAAAUAUAUUUAAAUUUUUGAGAUUUCGACGAAUAUUGCGAAGUGUUUUAGCAUGUUAAAUAGUAUACAUUUCAUUUCAGUCCCUUAAAAAAUCCUGCAUAAAAGUUGGUACUUAUUUCAAAUUCUACUAUAUUAUCUUGAAAUUGAAAUUCUAUAUUAUCAGGGUAAACCUGGGCCCAUUUCUCGAACGGUAUUAGACUAAUAUUAUUAGUCCACAAACUGUCAAAUUGUAUGGGUUGCUAUGACAACACACUUAUUUAUUUAGUCGUAUGGCACAAGUACAUAAUAUAGGCAAUAAAUUAACAAUUAAAAUUACAACAAAAGAAUUAUUAAGUCAGAUGUCAACAUUCAGUGUGUUCAGCCAUGCGGCUGCAUGGGUUGUGAGAUGAAGGAGGUCUUCAGGUGGUCCAGAGUAUGAAUGCAGAGGGCAGCGCUGGAUAAUGUGUUCCAUGGUUUGGGCCUCUUCACCACAUUCACACAAGGCUGAGUCCUUCCAUCCCCACCUGUGCAAGAGGUAGUUGCACCGGCCGUGUCCCGUUCUAAGUCUGUUCAAGCGACACCAUUGCUGUCUAGGAAGAUCAAAACCGGCAAGUCGAUGCGCCGGGUUAACAACUCUCGAGUCCACAUUUGCGGCGCACCAUUCAUUUUCCCAGGCUUCAGAGACGUCAAAACCUUGCACAUUCUGAGCAUAAGGAGGGCGUCGGGACUUCAAGCGCUGAUGUGGUGGGCAGCAGAACUCUCGGUGGAUUGGUAAAGAGCUAUUUGAUCUGAUUUUCUCAGCCUCUCUCGAUAGCGCUUGCCUCCUACGCAAAUGUGGCGGAGCUAUAUUGCACAGAGUUGGCAGCCAGGGUGUGGGUGUCGACUUGAUGGUUCCUGAGAUGCAACGCAUCGUGUCGUUUAGUUUUGUAUCCACUUUAGCUACGUGUGCGCUUUCUAGCCACACAGGAGCGCAGUAUUCAGCGGCAGAAUAUACUAGGGCAAUGCCAGUGGUACGCAGGCAUUCGGCGGAUGCUCCCCAUGAUGUGCCACACAACCUGUGCAGGAUGUUAUUUCGCGAAGCUAGCUUGAGUGAGAGUUUGGUGAGAUGCUCCUUGUACGUAAGUGAUCUAUCAAGGGUGACUCCAAGGUAUUUAGGGCAUUGGUUAUACCGUAGCUUUUCGCCGUUGAAAUACACCGUAGGUUGGUAGUUAGCCAUUUGGUUACUCAGAUGGAAACAUGUUACCUCCGUCUUGCUCACGCUAGGAAUUAGUCGCCAAACCCUAAAAUAUUCCGCCAGCCUGCCCAGAUCCGCUGUAAGGGUUUUUUCUCCAGAAGUAAAGGAUUUGCUUUGUGCGACCAGUGCUAUGUCAUCUGCGUAGAUAAAUUUAUUAGCUUCCGUUGAUGGUAGGUCGUGGAUGUAAAGAUUAAAGAGCUUUGGUGCCAACACUGAUCCCUGUGGCAGACCAUUAUUCAGUUUCCGUCUUUUACUUCUGGAAUUGCCUAAGAAAACCUCAAAUUCCCGUUCACUUAACAUGCUAUUAAUGAGAUCCGCUACCUCUCUGCUUGGAAUAGCGUUGAGCACUUUGCUCAUGAGGCCUUGUUUCCACACUGUGUCAUAAGCAGCUGUCAAGUCUAUAAAAACGGCUGUGGACUUGAGCGCUUUUUGGUAUCCAGCUUCGAUGUGAGUCGUAAGGGCUAAAACUUGAUCCGUGCAACUUCUUGCAGGUCGGAAUCCAGCUUGUUCAGGAGGGGUGACAGCCUCAAUGAACGGCUCUAUUCUGGUCAAAAGAACACGUUCAAGGAGUUUCAGUGUGCAGCUAAGAAGUGCGAUUGGUCGAUAGCUCUCUGCUUGAUUUUCCGGUUUUCCCGGCUUCAGUACUGCGACCACCUUUGACAUUUUAAACUCUCGUGGAAGUCGGUUGUGCCGGAGAGUGAAAGAAAACAGUGUCGUAAGCCAGCUUAUUGCACCUGGGCCCAUGUGCUGAAUGAAAUCGUUAUAGACCCCGUCUGGGCCUGCAGCCUUGUUGGUUUUUAAUGUUUUAAUAGCUCUCGUUAUUUCGCCGAUUUCAAACGGUCUGGAAAUGUGUUGGUUUUUUGGAGAGCUCUCUUUAAGAGAUUUGAGAGACAACACACUAAUAAUAUUAGACUAAUAUCCUUCGAGAAAUGGGCCGGUGUUGUCACGUAUUAGAGUUUAAUUCGAUAUUAGAAUCAACGAGCUUCGAUAUACCCGUCCUUGUUUGCCUGGUUCGAAAAUGUGAAACAUAAUAUUGAUCUUCUAGUCUUAUACUUAGAAUAGAUAAUAUAUGCGAGUGAUCUAGAUUAAGUACGUUUAAGUAUUAUACAGGUAAACCAUUUUUAAAAUGCACGCACCCCGAGUAAGUAAUCUUAUAUACCGUACAGCUAACUCUCACUAGCACAGCGGCGCUUUUGUUGUUUGUGGGUUACUUCAGUGAAAGUGAAAUUCUAUUAUAUAUUAAUUUACAAAAAAAAAUAUGUUGUGAAGGAAAUAUGGUUCAACUUUUUGAAAUCGAACGUAAGAAAAGAAAUGCAACUCUAUUCCAAUUGAAAAUGGUUUAAAUUACAUUGAAGUGAUUAUUACUACCGGUAGGACCGUGAGCCGUACGAGGAUAUUACAAUGCACCUACGAGCGUAGGUGCUCUAGAGAGGCGUGCAUUUUUAAAAUGGUUAACCUCAACAGGUGUGUUCCCUGUCAUAUUUUCGAAUUUUAUUGUUUGUGUCAUUUCGAUUUUAUUGUUUUUUUAUGUCAUCUCCAGUUUUGUUAUCUUUAUUGUUAGUAUGUGAGUAAAAUAGCCUUAAACAGUUAAAGAUCUAUUUACGACUUAUGGUGAGAACAUGACAAUGCCUUUAACUAAAAGCUUGUAAGUUAAGGGUUCAUUCAGAUGUAUACUAAUCUAUCUAAUAAAUAAAAUUUAAAACAGAGCUAUGUAAAUGUUAUAUUUUUUCAUGUAACAAUAGAGGCAGCAUAUCAUGUUUUGUAGAAAUACAAUAAUUUUAUGACUA